AUGGGGAAGGUGAUCUUCUACGAGGACAAGAACUUCUCCGGGCGACAGUUUGAGUGCAGCCACGACUGCUCGGACCUGAUGUGCCAGCUGAGUCGCUGCAGCUCCAUCCGGGUGGAGAGCGGCUGCUUCAUGAUCUACGAAAAGCCCAACUACACCGGGAACCAGUACUACCUGAGGAAGGGCGAGUACCCCGACUUCCAGCACUGGAUGGGCCUCAACGACUCGGUCAGCUCCUGCCGCUUCAUCCCCAUGCCCGGUUCAUUCAACAUGCGGCUGUACGAGCGGAUCGAGUUCGGCGGGCAGAUGAUGGACCUGGUGGACGACUGUCCCAGCGUCAUGGACCGAUUCCACAUCAACGACAUCUUCUCCUGCAACGUCACCAACGGCAACUGGCUCUUCUAUGAACACCCACACUACCGCGGCCGGAUGUACCUGAUCAGGCCCGGAGAGUACAAGAGAUUCAGCGAAUGGGGCGGCAGGAGCGCCAGGGUCGGAUCCAUCCGACGCAUCGUGGACUACUGA